UGCCCAGAGCUCGGACGAGGGGUGGGGCGGCACCAGCGGUUCCCGCCGGCAGCACUCCCCGGAGGCUGACCCCAGCUCCGGGCCCACCCGGUGAAUCUGAAGCGUUCCCAAACAUCCCUAAGAGGCGUUCCCUUUGUGCAUUUGUGCUCAACAAGUAUCUGUUCAGUUUCAGAUGCUCCUUUGUCUUAGGAAAACCAGUUCGGGCCUCACUUCGCACAUCGACACCAGGACAAAGUCCCCGCCUUGUUAAAGACCCGGUGGGGCCGGGGGGAAGGCCAGUUUCGGCCCCUGCUGAGCAAAUACCGCUUGUGAUUUACCAAAUGCCGUCUCCCCGAGUCUCGAGGGAACAGGAGCAUUAAUGCCACCUCCCUUCCCUCCAUCCUUCACUGACACCCAAGACGGAGUUGAUGGUAAAUCGUGACCGUGGCCACUCUCUGUCGCUCUUGCUCCUGAUCCAGCCUUCAUUCUUUAUCCUCCGAGGCGCCACCUCUCACCGAACCAGCAACAGGGGCUUCAGGCAGUAGCCCGGCAUCCAGGACCGAAGGCCGGAAAGGGGGUGAGAAUCCUGUCUCAAACACCUCCCGGUGGAAGGUGGAUCUAGAAUCGGGUGGUUCAGGGCGUCUCGCACGGCUUUGCACCCUCGGGGAGCCCGGGGCCGGAUCCUACGGCGGAACUACAACUCCCAGCAUCCCGGCUGCCCCGGCGCCCGGAAGCCGGAGUCCAGCCGGGAGGAAGCAGCUGAGACCCUGCCAACAGGCCGGGGGUUAAUUUAGCAAGAAAAAGACGCUAGGGCACCUGUCAGUUCGCCACCAUGAACGUGGUUUUUGCAGUGAAACAGUAUAUUUCCAAAAUGAUAGAGGACAGCGGGCCCGGCAUGAAAGUACUGCUCAUGGAUAAAGAGACGACUGGAAUAGUGAGUAUGGUAUACACGCAGUCAGAGAUUCUUCAGAAGGAAGUGUACCUUUUUGAACGCAUUGAUUCUCAAAAUCGAGAGAUCAUGAAACACCUGAAGGCAAUUUGUUUUCUUCGACCUACGAAGGAGAAUGUGGAUUAUCUGAUUCAGGAACUCCGAAGACCCAAAUACAGUAUAUAUUUUAUUUAUUUCAGUAAUGUGAUCAGCAAGAGUGACGUGAAGUCGUUGGCUGAAGCUGAUGAACAGGAAGUUGUGGCUGAGGUUCAGGAAUUUUAUGGUGAUUACAUUGCUGUGAAUCCACACUUGUUUUCCCUCAAUAUUUUGGGUUGUUGCCAGGGUCGCAAUUGGGAUCCAACCCAGCUAUCCAGAACAACUCAAGGACUGACAGCUCUCCUUUUAUCUCUGAAGAAGUGUCCUAUGAUUCGUUAUCAGCUUGCAUCAGAGGCAGCCAAGAGACUUGCAGAAUGUGUUAAGCAAGUGAUAACUAAAGAAUAUGAGCUCUUUGAAUUCCGGCGGACAGAGGUCCCUCCAUUGCUGCUUAUUUUAGAUCGCUGUGAUGAUGCCAUCACCCCAUUGCUAAACCAGUGGACGUACCAGGCCAUGGUCCACGAACUACUAGGUAUAAACAACAAUCACAUCAAUCUCUCCAGAGUGCCGGGAAUCAGUAAAGACUUAAGAGAGGUGGUCCUGUCUGCUGAAAAUGAUGAGUUCUAUGCUAAUAAUAUGUACCUGAACUUUGCUGAGAUUGGUAGCAAUAUAAAGAAUCUCAUGGAAGACUUUCAAAAGAAGAAACCAAAAGAACAGCAAAAACUAGAAUCAAUAGCAGACAUGAAGGCCUUUGUUGAGAACUAUCCACAGUUUAAGAAAAUGUCUGGAACUGUAUCAAAGCACGUGACUGUGGUUGGAGAACUGUCUCGGUUGGUCAGUGAGCGGAAUCUGCUAGAGGUUUCAGAAACUGAGCAAGAACUAGCCUGUCAAAAUGAUCAUUCCAGUGCUCUCCAGAAUGUAAAGAGGCUCCUGCAGAACCCCAAAGUGACAGAGUUUGACGCUGCCCGCCUGGUGAUGCUCUACGCUCUGCAUUAUGAGCGACACAGCAGCAACAGCCUGCCGGGACUCAUGAUGGACCUCAGGAAUAAAGGUGUUUCGGAGAAGUAUCGAAAGCUUGUGUCUGCAGUUGUUGAAUAUGGUGGUAAACGAGUCAGAGGAAGUGACCUCUUCAGCCACAAAGAUCCUCUGGCUAUCACCAAACAGUUCCUCAAAGGCCUGAAGGGAGUAGAAAAUGUGUACACACAGCACCAGCCGUUCCUGCAUGAGACCCUGGACCACCUCAUCAAAGGCAAGCUGAAGGAAAACCUGUACCCUUAUCUAGGCCCCAGCACGCUCAGAGACAGACCUCAGGAUAUCAUUGUGUUCAUAAUUGGAGGGGCCACCUAUGAAGAGGCUCUGACCGUUUAUAACCUGAACCGAACCACGCCUGGAGUAAGGAUUGUCCUGGGUGGAACCACGAUACACAACACGAAAAGUUUCCUAGAGGAAGUUCUGGCCUCUGGAUUGCACAGCCGGAGCAGGGAGAGUACCCAAGCCACGUCGAGGUCGGUGAGCAGGAGAUGAGCUGGUGUCUGCGAGGUGGGAGAAGGCACAGCUCCCAUUCCAGCCCCGCCACCGGCUCUGCCCUGACCGGAGCCACCGGAGAGGAGCUCUGGGUUUUGGGGGGAUGUUCUAACUCCUCUCCGGGGCGCCCUCUGACAACUGGACUGUUGGCACAGGGACUCCUAGAGAGGAGCAGAGGGUAAGUGUGAGCCCCACCACCCUCCUUGUGGUUUCUUUAUCCAAAUACUCUCUGUGUAUCUGAUAGCACAGUCACUCUGUUCCUGAUGAAUUUUGUUGGGGUCCCCCUUGGGAACAAGGUUCGCAGCACCUAGAGGGCUUUAAAAAGCAGUCCUGUGAUGUACCCGCUGUGCUCCAUUUCUGCCCUCUCCCUUGUCCCUUUCUCAUUAACUACAUUCCUGCACAAUUCAUUUCUGAAAACUCGCCGUGUCUCUUUAGAGAGCCAUCCAAAAAUUGUUAGCCCCUGCAUUGCAAUAUUCUGUGGCACUGAGAAUUCAUAUAUGACUAAAAUAAAAAAUUCAUUUUGUGAAAAGGUA